AUGGACAAUUUCCACCACCCGUAUACGCCAUACGACAUCCAAUUGCAAUUUAUGCAAGCCUUGUACACUUGCCUGGAAGAGAGCAAGAUCGCCGUCUUUGAAUCCCCGACGGGUAAGGCCCAACCUAGCGGAAAAUCAUUGAGCUUGAUCUGUGGCUCCUUGACCUGGCUGCGAGAUCACAAACGAAAGGCUUUUCAGGAAUCAGUCGACGCAACGGGGGACGAUGAGGAGCCGGAAUGGAUGCUGGAGUUUGCCAGAAAGGAAUCACGGCGCGCCCUGACCGAGAAGAGGCAGGCAUUUGAAGCACGACUGGCCAAAAUUCGCCAAGACGAAGAGCGUUUAAAACAGGCCCAGGAGAGCGUUCAUCGGCCACGCAAAAAGCAGCGCGUGGAAGAGCCAGCAUUGGAGUCUGCAGCCGACGAGGAACAGUUUGUUCUCGAUGACUAUGACAGCGACUCUGAGAAUCAGGGCCCAAAAGAGGCAAGGGGCUCGGACGGUCUCUCUGCCAGUACUCUAGCCUUGCUAGAACGGUUCCAAGGGCAAUUCUCUACGCAAAAGAAAGAGGAAGAAGAAGACGUAGAGGAAGUCAAAAUCUUCUUCUGCUCGAGAACUCAUUCUCAGCUAAGCCAAUUCGCUGGUGAGCUGCGACGAGUUGCGUUCCCUUCUAGUAUACCCGAUGAGCUGGAACCGGACGGGAAGGACGGUCUCGCUGUACUAGAAGAACGAGUGAAACACCUCUCGUUGGGUUCCAGGAAGAACCUGUGCAUUAACCCCCAAGUUCGGACUUUAGAAAACAACACCGCAAUCAACGAAAAAUGCCUAGACCUCCAGCAAGCCGGGGUGGCGGCCGACAAGAAGUGCAAAUUCAUACCGUCCAAAGACGACGAGGCCUUGGCACUCGAAUUCAGAGACCAUGCGCUGGCAACGGUCAAGGACAUUGAAGAUAUUGGCCAGGUGGGCAAAAAGCUCGGGAUUUGUCCUUACUAUGCGUCACGCCCGGUGAUCAAACACAGCGAGAUCGUGACCCUGCCCUACCCCCUCUUGUUGCAACGGUCAGCUAGGGAGGCUCUGAAUCUUUCUGUCAAAGGCCAUGUUGUGAUAAUUGACGAGGCUCACAACCUCAUGGAUGCCAUAGCCGGCAUUCAUUCGGUGGCAGUGUCGUUGAGUCAACUACAAACUGCCAUCACACAGCUGACCACCUACGCUCGCAAGUUCAAGAAUCGGCUGAAAGGGAAAAAUCGAAAUUAUGUUGCGCAGGUCAUCCGUCUGGUGGGUUCUAUUGCGGAACAUUUGAAAUCAAUCUCCCAGCGAAAAGGGCCACUUGAAGGCUCGCUGCAGAUCUCUGAUCUCAUGUCUGGAAAAGGAGUAGACCAGAUAAACCCUUAUAAACUUUGCCGGUAUCUCCAAGAGAGCAAACUUGCCCGGAAGGUCGACGGCUAUCUCGAGUCCUCUCAACAACCGCAGCCUGGUCGAUCGAAAGACAAAACAAGCAUGCCUGUUUUGUUCCAUAUCCAGAGCUUUCUUCUUCCCCUCAUGAAUCCCUCGGAAGAGGGACGACUUUUCUUUCAAAAGGACCAAGACGAUAUCGUGUUGAAAUACAUGUUAUUAGAUCCUACGAAUCAUUUCCGGGAAAUUGCAGAGGAUGCCCGGGCUGUUAUCCUAGCUGGUGGUACCAUGUCUCCCAUGUCGGAUUAUGUGAACCAUCUGUUCUCCUACCUACCUGCGGAACGACUGGAUACAUUCAGUUAUGGCCAUGUGAUACCCAAGACCAACUUGGUUGCCCAGUCUUUGACCCAAGGACUCAUGGGCAACGACUUUGACUUUACAUACGAGGCACGAAGUUCGGAGAAAAUGAUCACCGACCUUGGUCGAACAAUGGCAACCCUCUGCCAAGUCAUACCGGAUGGCGUGGUUGCAUUCUUCCCCAGUUAUGACUAUCUAAGUCAAGUUAUAGGUGUCUGGAGGAAGCCCAUCCCUAAUGGUAACGGACAAAGCACCUUCGACUUGCUAGCACGCAAGAAAAAGAUUCUAUACGAAUCCCGCGAGGCAGUCACAACGACAGAUGCCUUGCUGCAGGAAUACACCGAAGCUGUUAACUCAGGCUCCGGUGCCUUACUUCUCUCCAUUGUAGGCGGGAAAUUGUCAGAGGGAAUCAAUUUCUCUGAUAAACUGGGCCGUGGCGUGUUCAUUGUCGGUUUGCCAUUUUCCAAUAUUCGCAGUGCUAUUUGGCAAGCCAAGAUCCAAUACCUCGAGGACAAGACCUAUCGGCAAGCUGAAGGUUCUGAAGCAGAACGAAAAGCAGCAGGCAAAGCGGCCGGGAGGGACUUUUACGAAAAUUCGUGCAUGAGAGCAGUCAACCAGUGUAUUGGACGAGCUAUCAGACAUGUCAAUGACUAUGCCGCCAUCAUUAUGAUUGACCGCCGAUAUGAAUCGCCACGCAUCCAGGGAAAACUGCCCGGCUGGAUUCGAGGGAGCUUAGUCCCCGCACCUCCAACGCGGGCGGCCCAAACGACGGUGCAAAGACUUUCUAAGUUCUUUGCUGAAAAGAAUUCAGUGCCUAUAUAG